AUGCAUCCAGUCAUCGAUCAGCAAUCCGGAAAUAAGAUGUUCAACGAGUUCCCCCCAGGUCUAAUCCUCCUCGUCACAGAGCAUCUCGACAGACCCUCAUUCGUCGCUUUCGCCUCCACAUCCAAGGUAAUGUACAACUUCCUUGGCACCCACCUAUACGCAUUCAUCGAAAGUCACUGCUCCUGUGCGAAGACGUACAAGGGCCUAGUCUUCACUCUUCUUCGCCAUCCCGAACUCGCCCGAUCCGUCCGUCACCUGAAAAUCGGUCGAGUCUACGACAGCGACCCAAUCGCCAACGGACCUCACAUGCACGAGAUUUGCAAAGGCCACGAUGGCGACAGGCUCAUGAUGUCGAAAGUACGGAGGUUCAGCUCCUCUGAGAAAGAAUACUGGGAGUGA